AUGUCUUCUUCUAAUCUCCAGAAGCAGGAGACCAUCUCCAUCUCACCUCUUCUCAACCGGCUGGCCUACUCCCCUAUUGCCCACAUCAGCGCAGCGGAAAUUGCUUCUGCAUUUGCGCUGAUAAUUGAGAAUCGAAUAUCGGAUAUUCAAACUGCAGCCUUUUUGACCUUGCUUCAUUCCACCGGAAAGGAUAGGCAAGCAGACGUGAUUGCGAAAUGCUCUCACCACAUGCGUGAAGCUGCUUGUCAGAUUGACAGAGCAUCGCUAUGGAAAGUUAUCAAAGCGGGUGGGCGGCCCGAAGGCAACUAUGAAGGAGGACUGUGUGACAUUGUCGGAACCGGGGGUGACUCCCACUCGACUUUCAACGUAUCGACGACCGCCUCAAUUAUUGCAUCACCGAUUUUGAUGACUGCUAAGCAUGGCAAUCGUUCCCAAUCUUCUUUAUCUGGAUCCGCAGACGUUCUCAAAGCAAUUCAGCCCACACCCCCGAAUAUUGACGCUGUCAACGGAAGCAACCUCGCUAAGGUAUACAAGGAGACAAGUUAUGCAUUCCUAUACGCACCCCACUUCCACCCGGGUAUGGUGUACGCCAAUUCCGUGCGCAAGGCUCUUGGGAUACGAACUAUCUUCAACCUUAUGGGUCCUCUGGUAAAUCCCGUCGAAUGGGCUAUUGAAGCACGAGUGGUUGGCGUGGCCUACCAAAGCCUAGGCCCGGUCUUCGUGGAAGCCCUUAAACAAUCCGGAGCUAGGAAGGCGCUAGUAGUCUGCGGUGAGGAGGACAUGGAUGAGAUUAGCUGUGCAGGCCCUACAAACUGCUGGAGAAUCUCCGAGUAUAAGGCAUCAUCCGGUCAUGAUGAUACCUACUCGAGUGAAGAGAAAGAGAGCCCGCAGACACUAGUCAAGAUUGAAACCUUUCAGCUCCACCCCUCAGACUUUGGGUUAUCUACUCACCCUCUCACUGAUGUCUACGGUGGUAAAAUGCCCAAGGAUAACGCUAUGAAGCUGAUGAGCAUUCUACGGAAUGAGCUCCCGCGGGACGACCCAAUUUUGGAAUUUGUUCUCAUGAAUGUGGCUGCUCUCCUGGUCACCUCUGGCGUGUGCGAGGCUGAGACCAGCAACAUCGGCUCCGGUGAAAAGGUCAUCACCGAACGUGGGCCGGGUGGUGGACGCUGGAAGGAAGGUUUGCGCCGGGCACGCUGGGCGAUUGAGAGUGGCCAAGCUCUUAAGUGCCUAGAGGGGUUCAUUGAAGUUACCAAUCGACUUCUUUGA